UUGUCAUAGCUCGGGGCAGCUCGGGCCUCGGGGCGUCUGCUGAGUGGGGUCAGUGGGGGCCGGUGCAAGGCCAUCUGGCCGGUGGGGCAUGCUGCUGAGUCAGAGCGUGGGUCCUGAGAUGCGUCAGUAAAAGUUUUCCGACGCAAUGUAUGAUCCUACAAAUAAGGGAACGCCAGAUAUAGUGCCGGAGUCUGCAGAUGAACUCACUCCUGCGUUGGGACUGCCGGGGCUGCUGGCCGCCCGGGCCGGCACCUUUCUGUCGCCGGAGGUCGGGCCUGUGGCACUCUUCUCGCAGGCCUCAGACGCCAGUACCCACUUCUCUCCCGAUGUUACCGCGGCCCCGGCCCCACACGAGGCGGAGAAGGCCGCCACCGCGAGCUCCCAGCUGCUUUUCUCACCAGGAGAGGAGGUGGUGCAAUUGGGGCGCCUCCCGAGCUCCGCUGACACGCCGAACCAUAUGGCCGUGGAGCGUUGCAUCGCUCUGAUGAGCCGGUCACCUACGGCUGCCAGUGGUCCGAGUCCGGCAGUCAGUCCGGGCCCGGCGCCCUCCGUGCCCUCCAGCUGUCAGCAGCUGGACCAGACCCCUUCGGUAGCCACCAGCCCAGGUCCGGCAGCGGCCGCCAGUCCCGGACCGCCUGUCCCCGCGCUCCGGUGGCCGGCAGGGUCAUACGGACUCGACUCGGAUGGUGCGGAAUCGGACGGAGGCAGUCUCACCGAGCCUGUCAAACCCGAUCAGACUGCCGCAUAUACCUCGGGCGGCAGCUAUGGACUCUCUCAGACAGGACAGGCUCAGUACUCGGAGGGAAGCUAUUCGGACCGGGGGCUUCCACCUGAGAUGCCGGACGCUCGCCGUCCUCCACCGGCAGCCGUCGAGUACAGAGGACGGCGGGGACGUGAAGGCAGAGGGCAGACGCGAUCCAAGCAGAGAUCUGGUGACAAAGUCAGCGUCAGAGAGCGCCAGUCCAACCGGGGGCGGCGAGACGACCGGGAAGACUCUGUCUCCGACACUCGCCACCAGUUGUCGCUACUUUCGCGGCUCAGGCAGACGCUGAACAGACUGCAGAUUCAGCUCGAUGAUGAUGGUGAAAGCAUCACCAUGGCCAAGCUGCGGGAGCUCAAGAACCGCGUUCGUCCGUGCUCAGCAGCCCUGGAGUCCCUGACAAACGGAUACACUACCAAGGAUGUGUCGCGGCGAUUGGCGAAGGUUCAAGAGGUUAGCGACACGUUGUUGCUGCGCAUAAAGAUGCUUGAGACGAGAUGUCGGCCAACGGACACACGCAACGGGUUGGUUGCCCGAUCAACUGCGGGUCGUCGAGUCAAGAACCAGAGACGGGACUCUCGAAGUGGUCCGUUUGGUCGCAGUCGACGAAGGGGUGCCGUGUCACUGGCUCCACCGCCACCGGACUUCGCUCCGUCGACUGGGCCUUCGCCAAGCCCACCGUCACCCGGCUCACCGAUUCUGCCUGCCGAUGAUGACGCAGACUCACCAAAGCAGCUGAGCGCUAAACCUACAUCGCUGAGCGGACGGAUCGUCGUGGUUUCCUCGGCUGCGCCCUCUGUUGCCGCCUCCUCUGGCCCUCUUGCCAACACUGCCGCUCCAGCUGCCACUGCAGGCAGCGGCUUUACUGCUGUUGCAGCUGCCCCCACUGGAGGCGCCUUCGCUACCACCUCAUCUGCCGCAUUAGGUGGCGCCUUCCCUGCUGCUGCAGCCGCCACACCAGGCGGCGCUUUCCCUGGAGCCGCAGUUCCCACACGUGGCGCCUUCUCCGGAGCUCCAGCAGUCGCAACAGGCGGCGCCUUCCCUGGAGCUGCAGCUGCAGUAGCAGGCGGCGCCUUCUCCGGAACUCCAACAGUCGCAACAGGCGGCGCCUUCCCUGGAGCUGCAGCUACCGCAGUAGGCGGCGCCUUCCCUAGAGCUGCAGCUACCGUAGCAGGCGGCGCCUUCCCUGGAGCUGCAGCCGGACCCUGGUUCUGGCAGUGGCCGAUGGGACUUCCCGCCGGGUGCUCCACCUGGCUGACGCCGCCUCCCUGGUUUGGCCCAAUGCCUUGGGACCGUCAGCCUCCGCCACCGGCCACAGUGUCCGCAUCUGCUCCGCCUCCGACGGCAGCCACUGCUCCGCCUCCGACGGCAGCCAUUGCUCCGCCACCGGUCUUCGUCUCUGCUUCUGCAACAGAGACAGCUACAGAGCACGCUGCCGAGAGAACGCAGUCCUCUGCGGAGCAGCAGAGCAGCGGAGAAGAUGGGACCCACAACAUCCGGAAGAUGGCACUUACGACGCCUGAUCAGCGCUCGGAGGAAAUGGAGGAGGUCGCGGAGUCCAGCUGCCAGCAUGACUCAGAGGAAGCGGACGAGAAGGAGGACCGGCCGAGCGCUCUCCGCCAGCGCUGUCUGCUGCUCCGUCUGCGUACCGUUCGACUGGUGGACGACUGUGAGCUGGUACCUCUCACCUGUCCCGGCUGGGAUCGUCCCGAAACGCUGCUGGAUGCUGACGAUGAAUGGUGGAGCUAACUAGUGACCGCCGCCCUGGGUUGCUGGUCUGUGGCCAAACUCCAACGGUUAGAACGAACGGCCAAACUCCAGUCCUAUAUCAGAUGGCCAGGGUUUGAUCUUUUCAGGACGUGCGUUAUCGCUUGAAGUAUUCGAUGAGUGUUGCCAAAAGCAUUGGCUCAAACUUUAGUUGUGACAACUAGUGUUUUACAUGUUGUGGCUGUUUUAUUCUUGAUACCUGCAAUGUUGUGUUGAUACCGCGUUAUUUCUCAUCGUUAAUUAUGAUGUAACCUGAACAUUUGUAAUUUAAUCAUAACUAGUUGGAAAUAUAAUUUAGUUUUGUUUAUAUGUCGUUGGGCACCGUUCGCUGUUCAAAUUUUUGAUUAUGUUAGUGCUUCUGCAUUACGGUUAUUGAGUAAGACGCUGAACCGAUCAAGUAAUAAUGUAUUGACUUCGUCAUCUUUAAAAACGUUUAUGCGUUGGAAUCAUGUGUAUUUAUGAAUAAUUGUUGAUGUACAGUAGGAAAUCGUCAAAAAAUGAUUUGAACAAAGAUAGCCCAUGCUGGUUGCAAACGGGCCCAGCCCAGGCCACCAUAAGUCGUGAUCGAGUUCAGUUUUGUCACCAUUCCGUUUCAGCUGCAGAUAAACCCUAUCUAUUCUUA